UUAGGCAAACAUGGUAGCCCAUUUCGAACCGGAUCAGAUAAGCAGCCCGGCUCACAUCCGACCAGCAAAACCUCCCAGUUUCCGCUCGUAAAACCCAUAUCAACACAAAAUGAUGCUGCAGCGUUCAAUUUCAAUGCUCAGUGCUUGCAAAACUUCAUCUCCUCCAAAGUUUCACAUACCCUUUACGAGAAAUCACUCGUUACUGAUACUCACAACCUGGUCUUUCACCACUCGUGGCAAUUCUUACUCUCCAAACAGCAAUAAAUUUCGAACAUUCGGGACCGCCGCGGCCAUCGCCGACGAUAGAAAAAGAAGCGAUGCUGACACCUUCUUUGCGGAAGAAAGCGUUUCGUGGGCGUCUCUUGGUGUUUCGGAUGGUAUCUCUCGGGCUUUGUCUAAUGUUGGGCUCCAUAGACCUUCCUUGGUUCAGGCUGUCUGCAUACCAAGCAUACUUUCAGGAACCGAUGUGGUGGUCGCAGCAGAGACAGGUAGUGGCAAGACUCAUGGGUACUUGAUUCCUCUUAUAGAUAAGCUAUGUAGGAUGUCAGCUGUUUCAGAAAGUGAUUUAGAUGAUCAAAAACUGAAGAAGCAUCGCCAGCUUUCCCUUGUACUCUGCCCAAAUGUAAUGCUGUGUGAGCAAGUGGUUCGUAUGGCUAACUCCCUCUGUGGUGAUACCGGUGAACCACUUCUCAGAGUUGCCGCUAUUUGUGGCCGCCAGGGCUUGCCAUUUAAAGAACCAGAUAUAAUAGUUUCAACGCCAGUUGCACUUCUGAAUUACCUUUAUGCAACCGACACAGAACAAUGUAGACGCGCUGACUUCAUACACGGUGUCAAAUAUGUGGUUUUUGACGAAGCAGACUUGCUUCUUUGUGGAAGUUUUCAGAAUCAAGUAAUUCGUCUCAUAAACAUGCUUCGAUUUGACGAGAAGCAGUUAUCUCGCACGAGAAGCGCAGAUUCCUGUGAACAAGAUUUGAAUUCUGAUGCCCUGAAAGUCACGGAUACGGAAGAUGAAGAUUACCCACGAACAGAUUCCAAUGCGAAAGAAGACGAAGAUACUGAUGAGAAUUCCAAUUUUGAGAACACAGAAACCAAAUCUGGGUUUACAAACAGAAAAGACUGGAGGCGGGUUAGAAAAAUAUAUGAACGCAGUAAGCAAUACAUAUUUGUUGCAGCAACACUUCCUGUGAAUGGGAAGAAAACUGCUGGAGGAGUAUUAAAAAGAAUGUUUCCCGAUGCCAAUUGGGUUAGCGGAAAUUAUCUCCACUGCCAUAAUCCCAGGUUGGAACAAAGGUGGAUUGAAGUUACAACCGAUAGUCAGGUGGAUGCUCUCAUAAAUGCUGUUAAUGAUGGACUGAAUUCUUCCGUGGAUUCUAGUUCUGGAAUAGUUAGAACCAUGGUGUUUGCAAACACUGUUGAGGCUGUUGAAGCUGUUGCUAAGAUCUUGAUGGGAGCUGGAGUUGAAUGUUCCCGUUUCCAUAGUGAUGUCUCACCAGAAGAGCGUACCAGGAAUCUUGUUGGUUUCCAGCAGAAAGGUGGCGUUUUUGUGUGCACGGAUGCUGCCUCUCGUGGACUUGAUAUCCCACAUGUGUCACAUGUUAUUCAGGCAGAAUUUGCUUCGUCUGCCGUAGAUUUUUUGCAUAGAGUGGGUCGUACAGCUAGAGCAGGUCAACCUGGCCUUGUUACCAGCCUGUAUACAGAAGCAAACCAUGAACUCGUUUCUGCAGUUCGUCAGGCAGAGAAGCUUGGUCUGACCAUGGAGAAGGCUUUUAGCAGGAAAAGGAGCUUCCGAAAUAAGCUUAAGAAGAGAGCAGGUUUCAGUAAAAGCAGUAAUGCACCGUCCAUUCAUUCGGGAGUUCCAGCAUGACUGUCGGCGUCCAAAAGGGAAAAUUAAGAUUCAGUAAACCUGGCGCUCAAGGCUUCUGCUUUAGCUUCGAUAAGUUAGAUAUGUGCAGGAAUGCAGGCAUGCGUAACUUACUUUAGUUUACCCCUUUUCUGGGGGCGGGUUUGGAGGAAAGUAGAUUUCCUUGUUUGUGUACAACAGUAUGAGUAAAAUUGCAAAGCAAAAUCGCCAUUAUGUAAAAUGCAAUGUUAAUUUAAGCAUCACAUUGCAGCAUUUAAAAGUUGGAACUAGAUUUUUUAGUGUUCUAUGGUUAACAUUUGGAGCUUGUCACUCUAUACACAAUGCAUUGACCCAUGGUCAUC